AAUGAGGUCACUACCUUCGCUGGAGCUCCACUACGCAGUGCGAGUACAAAUCUGACCGAGAAAGGAACUGUGUCAUGAGCAGUAUAGAACGAUAUCUACGUGCAACUUUUGGAUUCUACAUUUUAGUUCAGCGUCUACACGAGGACCGGGCUCAUUUGGUGUUGACGAUCAGUCCCGUUCCAUCCCUCGGACACGUUCACUGAUGAUGGGGUGAUUGCGCUCUCUGUACUCAACUUCAACACCAACGAUCAGAAAUCAGCUCAUCCUCCUGAUGUCGGAAGAUUCAGAUUCCAAGCACUAUUGCUUUUCGGUACCGGAGGACCAAGAUGGCACUUCAAGCUGCCGAACAUCCACAUCGUGCGGCUCCGUGCCGAGGGGGGCCUCCGGCUGCGGCUCCAUGGCGCAGCUGCAACGGAUGACCAGCUACAGCCAAGGCGGGCCCGAGCUCGGCCUGCCGUCGGAGGGCAGCGAUAGCAGCGGCCAUGACGCCCUUUCUGCCGGGCCGCGCAAACUCCGCAAGAGUUCUCGUUCCCUCUCGCGACCGGAGGAGGACGUGGAGAUGAAGAGCAGCGGGUCCUGCGGCAGCGGGACCGAAUCGCACGGCAACGAGAGCCACGGCAACGAGAGCCACGGCCACGAGAGCAACGGUCACGAGUCGACGGGCAGCUCCAACAGUAACAGCAAAGAUUCCGCUUUGUUGGAGUCUUCUGGAAGCAACAAGAGCUCAAACUCCCACAGUCCAUCUCCACCCAGUAGUUCAAAUGCCUUCAGUUUGCUGAGCUCCGAGCAGGACAACCCUUCCACCAGUGGUUGCAGUAGUCAGGAAUCGGCUAAAGCCAAGACUCAAAAGGAAGUGCUGAAGACCCUGAAAGAGCUGAAACUGUACCUGCCUGCCGAGAAGAGGCAAGGCGGCAAUUCUUCCACGUUGAACACGCUCAAGUACGCUCUGCGAUGCGUCAAGCAGGUGGAAGCCAAUGAGGAGUAUUACCAGUUGCUGAUGACCAAUGACAGUCAACCUUCCGGCCUGGAUGUAUCCUCGUACACCAUUGACGAGAUCGACAGCAUUAUGUCGGAAUACACCCUCAAAAACAAUGACAUUUUCGCAGUUGCCGUGUCACUCAUCACGGGAAAGAUCGUGUACAUCUCCGACCAGGCUGCCUCCAUCCUGAACUGCAAAAGGGACGUGUUCAACAACAGCAAGUUUGUGGAGUUCCUGAUCCCGCAGGAUGUCAGCAUAUUCUACAGCUUCACCACGCCAUACCGCCUGCCCUCUUGGAGCAUGUGCACCGGAGCUGAGUCAUUGCCGCCUGACUGCAUGCCGGAGAAGUCCUUCUUCUGUCGUAUCAGUGGACGUAAGGAGUGCAAAGGCGACCUGCAGUACUAUCCCUUCCGAAUGACUCCAUACCUGAUGAAGGUCCAAGUGGCAGCACACGCCGAGGACCAGUUCUGCUGCCUCCUCCUGGCCGAGAGGGUCCACUCGGGUUAUGAUGCACCCCGGAUUCCGACAGAUAAGCGCGUCUUCACCACCACGCAUUCUCCAAGUUGCGUGUUCCAGGAUGUGGAUGAACGAGCCGUUCCUCUCCUGGGUUACCUGCCCCAGGAUCUGAUUGGCACAUCGGUCCUCCUCCACUUGCAUCCUAACGACAGACCCAUCAUGCUGGCCAUUCACAGAAAGAUCCUCCAGUAUGCCGGGCAGCCGUUCGAUCACUCGUCGAUACGAUUCUGCGCACGCAACGGUGAAUACGUCAUGCUGGAUACUAGCUGGUCCAGUUAUGUCAACCCCUGGAGUCGCAAGGUCUCCUUUGUGAUCGGGAGACACAAAGUACGAAUGGGCCCUGUAAAUGAGGAUGUAUUCAUGGCCCCGCUCUCUGCUGGAGCCGAGUCAAAGACCAUGGACUCGGACAUCCAGGAGAUCACUGAGCAGAUCCACAGGCUCCUUCUGCAGCCGGUUCAUAACAGUGGGUCCAGUGGCUACAGGAGUCUGAACAGCACCGACCAACUCCUGGGCAUGACUUCCUCUAGCGAGAGCCUCAACAAUGGCACCAAGUUCCAUCAAGAGGACGAUGAGGAGGAAGAAGUGAGCAGCAAAGCCCGGCCGCGAACCUUCCAGGAAAUCUGUAAAGGAAUACAUCUCCAGAAGCACCAGGAACAGUGCAAGAAAAUCAAUAGCAUCGAGUCUGCUCAGAAGAACCCGGCAGUGGUGCGGCCCAAGGACUUGUCGGCCCUCCUCAGCUGGAAGGAGAGCGCCCCCCCGACGGAGGAGAACCGAUCCUCUUCCCACGAGGAGAUGCCACUCAAUGACCAGACGGGCUACUCCUACCAGCAGAUCAGCUGUCUCGACGGUGUUAUCAGGUACUUGGAGAAUUGCAAUGUUCCCUUCGCUCUGAAGAGGAAAUGUCAAUCCUCCUGUAACACCACGUCCUCUGACGAGGACAAACACAAAGUCGGCACCACAGAACAGGCUUCUCGAGAACCGGCCUUGUUGAAGGAUCAGCACGGUCUCUCCACUUUGGAUGCCCCCGAUAAAAAGUCCAGUGACGCAGCCAGACCGGUAGUGGGCACUUCGCUGCCCCUACCUUUACCUAACAAGCCAGAAAGCGUGGUGUCCAUCACCAGCCAGUGUAGCUACAGUAGCACCAUAGUUCAUGUUGGGGACAAGAAACCUCAGCAAGAAUCAGAGAUCACAGAGGAUGUGUCAGGGGCGGGUGAAGUGGCAGAAUCCGGCCACAACCCGGCGCAGGCGCCUCCAUCUUGGGGUGUUUCGCCUCGGGGCCAAGAAAGGGAGUCGUACAGGAAACUGGGUUUGACCAAGCAGGUUUUGGCGGCCCACACGCAGAAGGAAGAGCAGAGCUUCCUGAUUCACUUCAAGGAAUUACGCAGGCUCACCACCCUCAAAGCCAACUGUUCGCAGUACCUGGAGCGGCAGAGAGAGAAAAACACUGAUGGUGCACAAGCUGCCCAGCACAGGAAGCAAAGCGGCCUCGGGUGCGAGCACAACGCGGCGCGGCGCAGCGCGCGCAACAGAAAGACCAAAUCCAAGCGAGCCAAGCAGACCGAGUCCUCGGACAGCACCGCGUCUUAUCCGAGGCACCAGCAGCCGCGAGGUCCCCCGCUGAACCAAGCCCUCAACCCCACAUCCUGGUCCGUUUCCGACACGUCGCAGUCCAUGCUGCCCGUAGCCUACCCAGGCUUCCCCCUCCAGGUUUUCCCCAGAGACGCUUCCGUUGCGCCCCUCGUGAACACCCCUCUGCAAAGUUUCGGUGACAAACAAGGGGCUCCUCCCUGCCCACCGGGGGUCCCUCAUUCGCCCUACACGGCACCGAUGGUGGCUCCCAUCAUGGCUCUUGUACUGCCAAACUACCUUUACCCAACUUUUGGUCCCGCACCUCCGCAGCUGGCGUACCAGCCAGGGACUGAUGCUUUCCCCAUCCAAGCCCAACCUUACGCCCAACCCGCCUUUCCGGGACAAGCGACCAUAAUGACUCCUGCCCCGUUCAACCCUCAGAGCCCCUUUACCCCUCAAAUGGGCUACGUGGCGCCGUCGUUCUACUUCCCCCCGGCCACUUCAGAAGUUCCCAAGGUCCCGGUGGCGGGGGGCCAGUCUCGCGCCUCCACGCCCCAGUCCGCUUCGCCGCCGCUGUUCCAGUCCCGCUGCAGUUCUCCUCUGAACCUCUUGGAGUUGGAGCUCUCCGGGGACCGGCAGGACGGCACAACGUUGCCCUCCGCGGGACAAGGCGGCAAUGUGGCCGAACGGGAGAAAGGGGCGGCGGGGGCCCCCCAGGCCAAAGAACUGAAUCAGCCAACUCUCAGUCUCCUUGGUCCACCUGGACCGUUGUAUUGCGAGGGCACGAUCCAUGUCUGUGAGCGUUUGUCUUGGGAUAAAGGCAUGUUCUCUUCUAGGCUGAGGGCUUGCAGCAGUGAGGCAAGCUCUCGCGGCGACGGCAACAACAGCGAUAACAACUCAUCCUCCAGCGACAUGCUGGACAUCAUCAUGCAAGAGGACUCGUGUUCGGGCAGCGGCUCGGCCACCUCGGGGUCCGUGCGAUCUCGCUCCAACGGAUGCGGGACCUCGGCCAGCGGGACGUCCAACAGCAGAGCGUCGGGCAGCGGGAUCUCCGCAAGUGUGGAAGGUAGCAACAGCAGCAAAUACUUUGGCAGUGUGGACUCAUCGCAGAAGAGCCAAAAUGUCAAAGAUCACUCGAGCGGCAGCGAGAUGGAGCCCAGCGAGCGCUUCGCCAACUACAUCCUCCACGAUCCUGUUUGGCUCCUCAUGGCCAAGGCCGAUGACAAAGUCAUGAUGACCUAUCAGCUGCCCUCACGCGACAUCCAGAAGGUUCUCAAGGAGGACCGCGAGAAGCUGCAGCUGAUGCAGAAGAGUCAGCCGAGCUUUACGGACGAGCAGAAGAAGGAGUUGAUGCAGGUGCACCCCUGGAUGAAGAAGGGCUGCCUGCCCAAAGUCCUGGAGGUCAAGGUGUGCUCGUGUUGCGACGGUGCCAUCCACGCGCCGUCCACUGAUGACCUGCCGGACUUGGAUCUGGUCGAGCAGGAGGCCCUGGUGGAGGGGGGCUGCCAGAGGACACCUCCCCCUGAGCACCCCUCUGACAUCAUCGACACAUCUGCAUGCUCUCAGACGGAAACAAAUAGUCGACUGAAUGCACAUGUACACACAAAAAAAAAUCAAGACUUUUUAACAUGUGACUGACCAUCUGUUGUUUUCUGGGCAGGGGAGCUUGGGGGCGCUCUUCAUUCCAAAACAUUUAGCGUCUACCUCUUGCUUUUUAGACUUUGAAUGUGUCUCAUAAUUUAUGGACACCUUUUUUUAAGGGAUGAGUGGAGACUGCCAUUUUUGUUUCAUGUUGGUGUUCUAUAUUUUUUUCCUGGCUUUAUUUAAAAACUAAAGUGCAGCUUUGUCUGAUUUUGUCAAGCACUGAAGUAGAGACACCGGAGGCCAGCUUCAGGAGGUUAAAAAAAAAAGUGGUCACGCAUGCUAAAACCAUUUAGGUCAACAAAAAUCCAAUUUGUUUAAAAAAAAAAAAGGCUCAAUCCACUACUUGCGUAGUACAAUCCAUCUUUCUUUAUGUAGCGCUUUUACAACAGCCGCUGAGGCCAAUUUGAUCCAAAUUUCCGGGUUGUUUGGGUCAAUUUAACUAUAUUUGACCCAGACUGGCUUGUUUUGGACCUAACUGUAUUUUCGAGUGUGUGGUGGUUCCUGACGUAAAAGUCUUUGGUGAUUUGCUGUUGCUUCACAUGGCUCUUGCUUGCUGCCUCUGUGAAAAAGUCGUUGGAAUGCACAAGUGCACUUUAGUGAGUGACGUCUGAGGAGAAAACGUGAGGCCAUCUUUGCUGUGUGGCCUAUUAUUCUUUUUUUCUGUUUUUGCACUCUGAUUGUAAAUAAUGUGAAAUAAAGACAGUGAACUGAUGAUGUCA